GGCAGGUUCGGGGGCAGAGUACUGGAGCGGAGCCCCGGUGGGGUGGCGGGGGUGAGCGGGGCCGGCUGGGCUGGACAGCGGCGGGCCCGAAGUGGGCUCCGGUAGGAUCCGUCUCCACGACUCCGGAGCCCAACGCUGCCACCGAGAUGGGCCCUCCGCGGCACCCCCAGCCCGGCGAGAUGGAAGCGGGAGGUGCGGGCGGCGGGCGGCGGCUGCAGGUGGAAAUGAGUUCUCAACAGUUUCCUCGGUUAGGAACCCCAUCCACUGGGCUAAGCCAGGCUCCUUCACAGAUUGCAAACAGUGGUUCUGCAGGAUUGAUAAACCCAGCUGCCACAGUCAAUGAUGAAUCUAGUCGAGAGGCUGAAGUCACUGCCAGGGAGCACAUGGGUUCCGGCGGCUCCCUCCAGUCCCGUGAAGAGAAGCAAGAGCCUGUUGUGGUAAGGCCCUAUCCGCAGGUGCAGAUGUUGUCUACACACCAUGCUGUUGCAUCGGGCACACCCGUCACAGUGACAGCCCCACCAGCACAUCUGACGCCAGCAGUGCCACUCUCCUUUUCGGAGGGACUUAUGAAGCCGCCCCCGAAGCCCACCAUGCCUAGCCGUCCCAUUGCUCCUGCUCCACCUUCUACCUUGUCACUUCCCCCCAAGGUUCCAGGGCAGGUUACCGUUACCAUGGAGAGUAGCAUCCCUCAAGCUUCAGCCAUUCCUGUGGCAACAAUCAGUGGACAACAGGGACAUCCCAGUAACCUGCAUCAUAUCAUGACCACCAAUGUACAGAUGUCUAUUAUCCGCAGCAAUGCUCCUGGGCCCCCUCUUCACAUUGGAGCUUCUCAUUUACCUCGAGGUGCAGCCGCUGCUGCUGUGAUGUCCAGUUCUAAAGUGACCACGGUCCUGAGGCCGACUUCCCAGUUGCCAAAUACUGCUACAGCUCAGCCGGCAGUACAGCAUAUCAUUCACCAACCUAUCCAGUCUCGUCCACCUGUGACCACCUCUAAUACCAUCCCUCCUGCUGUGGUAGCAACAGUUUCAGCCACCAGAGCUCAAUCUCCAGUCAUUACUACAACAGCAGCACAUGCUACUGAUUCAGCACUCAGUCGGCCAACUUUGUCUAUCCAGCAUCCGCCAUCUGCAGCAAUUAGCAUUCAGCGUCCUGCCCAGUCACGGGAUGUAACAACAAGAAUCACACUGCCAUCUCAUCCUGCAUUAGGGACGCCAAAACAGCAGCUUCACACCAUGGCUCAGAAAACUAUCUUCAGCACCGGUACACCAGUGGCUGCGGCCACAGUAGCACCUAUUUUGGCAACCAACACCAUUCCUUCAGCGACUACAGCCGGCUCUGUGUCACACACACAAGCUCCCACAAGUACAAUUGUUACCAUGACAAUGCCCUCACAUUCGUCCCAUGCUACCGCUGUGACCACCUCAAACAUCCCAGUCGCUAAGGUGGUGCCUCAGCAGAUCACACACACUUCUCCUCGGAUCCAGCCUGAUUACCCUGCGGAGAGGAGUAGCCUGAUUCCCAUUUCAGGUCAUCGGGCCUCUCCAAAUCCUGUGGCCAUGGAAACCCGAAGUGACAAUAGACCGUCUGUUCCCGUUCAGUUCCAGUACUUUUUGCCAACAUACCCACCUUCUGCAUACCCACUGGCUGCGCACACGUACACCCCAAUCACCAGCUCUGUGUCCACCAUCCGACAGUAUCCAGUUUCUGCUCAGGCUCCAAACUCUGCCAUCACAGCCCAGACUGGCGUUGGGGUGGCAUCCACAGUCCACCUAAACCCCAUGCAGUUGAUGACCGUGGAUGCUUCUCAUGCUCGACAUAUCCAAGGGAUCCAGCCAGCACCUAUCAGUACACAGGGGAUACAGCCAGCCCCCAUCGGGACUCCAGGAAUACAGCCGGCACCAAUGGGCACACAGGGAAUUCACUCAGCAACCCCAAUCAGCACACAGGGACUCCAGCCUGCUCCAAUGGGUACUCAGCAGCCUCAGCCUGAAGGAAAGACUUCAGCAGUGGUAUUGGCGGAUGGAGCCACAAUUGUAGCCAACCCUAUUAGCAGUCCAUUCAGUGCCGCUCCAGCAGCAACAACUGUGGUGCAGACCCACAGCCAGAGUGCUAGCACCAACGCUCCGGCCCAGGGCUCGUCCCCCCGGCCAAGUAUCCUCCGGAAGAAGCCCGCCACGGAUGGAAUGGCAGUUCGGAAAACCCUCAUUCCUCCUCAGCCUCCUGAAGUGGCUAGCCCUCGAGUGGAAAGCUCUAUGCGGAGUACAUCUGGGUCACCUAGGCCUGCAGGUGCCAAGCCUAAGUCAGAAAUCCACGUUUCAAUGACCACUCCAGUCACUGUGUCCAUGGAGACCGUGUCCAGUCAAAGCAAUGACCAGCCCACCAUUGCAGUCCCUCCCACGGCUCAGCAGCCUCCACCGACCAUCCCAACCAUGAUCGCAGCCACGAGCCCCCCUUCACAGCCAGCCGUCGCCCUCUCAACCAUUCCCGGAGCGGUCCCCGUCACUCCUCCUGUCACUACCAUCGCAGCUGCCCCUCCGCCAUCAGCCGCUGUGGCCGGCAAUCUCUCCUCUGUGUUGGGCCCUCCGGUACCUGAGAUAAAAGUUAAAGAAGAAGUGGAGCCAAUGGACAUCAUGAGGCCGGUCUCUGCAGUUCCCCCCCUGGCUACCAGCACUGUGUCUCCAUCUCUCGCAUUGCUGGCUAACAACCUGUCCAUGCCUACAAGUGACCUACCACCUGGUGCCUCUCCAAGGAAAAAGCCUCGAAAGCAACAGCACGUGAUUUCUACAGAAGAAGGGGAUAUGAUGGAGACGAACAGCACUGACGAUGAGAAGUCCACUGCCAAGAGUCUUUUGGUGAAGGCUGAGAAGCGCAAGUCUCCACCCAAGGAGUAUAUUGAUGAAGAAGGUGUGAGGUAUGUCCCAGUGCGUCCAAGACCUCCCAUUACUUUGCUCCGUCACUAUCGGAACCCUUGGAAAGCUGCUUACCACCACUUUCAGCGGUACAGUGAUGUCCGGGUCAAAGAAGAGAAGAAAGCUAUGCUGCAGGAAAUAGCUAACCAGAAAGGGGUGUCCUGUCGUGCUCAAGGCUGGAAAGUUCACCUCUGUGCCGCUCAGUUGCUACAGCUGACAAAUCUGGAGCAUGAUGUUUAUGAAAGACUCACCAACCUACAGGAAGGGAUUAUCCCAAAGAAAAAGGCGGCCACUGAUGAUGAUUUGCACCGAAUAAACGAACUGAUACAGGGAAAUAUGCAGCGGUGUAAACUUGUGAUGGACCAGAUCAGUGAGGCCAGAGACUCCAUGCUUAAGGUUUUAGAUCAUAAAGACCGUGUCCUGAAGCUUCUAAACAAGAAUGGGACUGUCAAGAAGGUGUCAAAAUUGAAGCGAAAGGAGAAAGUCUAGACCCAGAAGAAUCAGGACUUUGGAAACAGAAUUUAUGAAGAAUGAUGGUGCGGGUGGGGGGAGGGUUUUGGUUCUUUUCAAAAUGGAACAUUGAAAAAAAGGAAGUGUUCCUUAAUUCACACAAGAAAGCAGAGGGACCCAUGGUACCCAAUGGCACAAACGGAUCAGAGCUGUUCUGAUGCAGUGAACUCCAUUCUCUCUUUCAGGCAUAUCCCUCUUAAACUCGCUGUGUCACAAACGACUCCUGAUGCAUCGGUGUCUGCCAGUGAGAAUCAGUGACACAAAUGAGUGGCUGGCAGUUUUCAGCCUUCUGGUUUAUAAGUUGUAUUUAUCUGACGGAUUCCUGCAGGACCCAUACUGAGCCUGGACUGAAAGUAUCCACUUGGACCAUCUGUUAUCUCUCUACACUGAAAAAUCAAACCUCUUCCCCUCAGCCCAGCCAGUUCUUAUCUGUCUGACCUUCAAAUGCCUGAGCUGGCCUUUUACAGCAGUGUCAUAUGGCACCAAGAGACUUGCCACAUCUCACACUCUAAAGGGUUUGAACUAUUAAUUCUUGUCAUUUUUUUAAAGAACCAUUUCAAAGUGAAAUUGUUAUAUUGUCUGUCCUGCGUGUGUCAGAGUUGGGUUUUUGUGGAGGUUCCGAGCAAGCAACAUCUGAAGUUGCUCUGAGAUCCUUGUUCUGAAGUACAUUCUCAAUUAUCUGUACUUCGCGUAGCUGGUGUGAUGCUGUUGAUUGUAUGUACCGCACAUCUCCCAAUGUUAAUAAAGGACUCAAAGAGGUUUUUGUACAUGA